CAAUAAAACAAAUGCACUUAACCUUAGCGAAAAUGAACACAUUCCACUAUUUGAUAAUAUUGAAAUGUCUAAUAAUGAUGAUUCUGAUACUAAUGAUUAUAAUAGCGAUAAUUGUAAUAGUGACGAUUGUACUAAUGAAGAAAAUGAAAAUGGCAAAUCGGUUAUUGGAGAGUGGACUCAAGAAGAUGAAAAUGAGGAACCUGAAGAAUUAACCACGACCUCUUAUAACACUAUUAACUUACAUGAAAAUCAUCUAGCCAAACACCAAGAAUCAAAGAUUGAACUUAGAUACCUUUUUACCUGCACUUUAUCACAACCAUCAUUUGUUUGUACUCUUCAGCAAGAUGUUGAA